ACAAAAUACCACGUGACUGACCCUGCGCGCCGAUCGUCAUGGCGUCUCCCAGUGGGAAGGGCGCUCUGGCGUCCGACGUUGCUGGCUGUGGGCUCCGGCCACUGGCCCGGGACCUGGAGGACUCCGUGGAUGAUGCCGAGGGGCUGUACGUGGCGGUCGAGCGGUGUCCGCUGUGCAAUACCACCCGCCGGCGGCUGACUUGCGCCAAGUGCGUUCAGAGCGGCGAUUUCGUUUACUUCGACGGCCGCGACCGGGAGAGGUUUAUUGACAAGAAGGAAAGGUUAAGCCUACUUAAGAGAAAGCAAGAAGAAUUUCAAAAAGAAGUUUUAAGAGCUAUGGAAGGAAAAUGGAUAACAGAUCAACUGAGAUGGAAAAUAAUGUCUUGCAAGAUGAGGAUUGAACAACUGAAACAAACAAUAUGUAAAGGAAAUGAAGAAAUGAAGAAAAAUUCGGAAGGUCUUCUCAAAACCAGGGAAAAGAACCAGAAGCUUCAGAAUCGAGCACAACGGCAUCAAGAGAAAAAGGAGAAGAUUCAGAGGCACAAUCGCAAGCUUGGUGACCUUGUAGAAAAAAAAACUCUUGACUUGCGAAGUCAUUACGAGCAUCUUGCAGACCUCCGGCGAUCCCACAUACUAGAGCUCACCUCUGUCAUCUUCCCAAUUGAGGAAGUAAAGACUGCUGCGAGAGAUCCUGCAGAUGGGUCUGCAGAGAGUGACAGCGCCAUGACCUCCAGCACUGUGAGCAAGCUUGCGGAAGCCAGGAGGACGACAUACCUCUCAGGACGGUGGGUCUGGGAUGAUCAUAAUGGUGACACCAGCAUCAGCAUCACGGGGCCCUGGAUAAGCCUACCAAACAACGGGGACUACUCUGCCUACUACAACUGGGUGGAAGAGAAGAAAACAACACAGGGGCCUGACAUGGAGCAUAAUAACCCUGCUUACACCAUCAGCGCUGCGCUGUGCUAUGCCACUCAGCUGGUCAACAUUUUGUCUCACAUACUCGAUGUCAAUCUUCCUAAAAAGCUGUGCAACAGUGAGUUUUGUGGAGAAAAUCUCAGCAAACAGAAGUUUACUCGAGCAGUGAAGAAGCUGAACACAAAUAUCCUUUACCUUUGUUUUUCUCAGCAUGUAAAUUUGGAUCAGUUACAACCACUGCACACCCUCAGGAAUCUCAUGCACCUGGUCAGCUCAGGCUCGGAACACUUGGGCAGGUCCGGACCCUUUGAAGUACGAGCAGACCUUGAAGAGUCCAUGGAAUUUGUAGACCCUGGAGUUGCUGGAGAAUCCGAUGAGAGUGGAGAUGAGCACAUAAGUGAUGAGGAAACUGACUUGGGCACAGACUGGGAGAACCUGCCAAGCCCCCGGUUUUGUGACAUCCCCUCCCAGGCUGUGGAAGUCUCCCAGAGCCGGAGCUCCCAGGCGUCUCCCCCCGUUGCAAGCAGCAGUGCAGGGGGAAUGAUUUCCUCUGCUGCAGCCUCUGUGACCUCCUGGUUCAAAGCUUAUACUGGACACCGCUAAUGGGCACGGGCCAGAACAUACUAGAUCUUAUCCCUUAUCCCGAGAGCUGUCCCUAGUAAACCUUGUCUGUUAAGAUAGCACUUGGAACAAAAAGGAUUGUUAUUUGCAGCAGGGAGACAAGCAGUUUUGCCUGUUGAGUGGCUGUGAUUUUGACCCAUGUGCUUAGGGUAUUAGAGCAGAGGGUAUCAUGGGGCUUCUGCCUAUACCAACACUGGCAGAAGGGGCUGUGAGAGGCCAUAUCUGUCAAGGAGACAGCCCCUGAGCACUGGAGGGCCCCUGUCAGUGUUGUCUUUGAUGCUGAAACUUAAGUUCUAGGGGUUGGACGAAUCACAAGGAAGUGAUUCUUGGUGACUUGGAAGACAGUAACUUUUUUUUUUUGGCAGAAAACCAGCAAUUUGAAAAAUUUCAUUUCUUUGGUUUUUAGAAUAAGGACUUGAGUCAUAUUUGGGAGAGGCUAGUUUUUUGAGGGGAAAGAGUAAUUUAAAACUCGCUCUGUUGUAACCCAUCAUGUUCCUCGGUUUCUCCUUGGCCCCUACACACACCAAAGAAGCUAAGGUUUGUUUUUCUGUAGGACGCAUACCCAUGAAUGGAAGAAACUCUAGAUGCAGUAAUGUCCCAGAGAUGUUUUCUUGUAUUCUGUGGAGUACCAAGUUCCUUCUUACCUAGUUUUUGAAUUCCUACCAUUCACACUAUGUCCAUUUUGAAUGUAAUUUAUUUUUUAUUUGUGAAAAUAAGUCAUAGAAGCCAGGCGUAAUGGCACAAGCCUGUGAUCCCAUCACUCGGGAAGCUGAGUCAGGGUUGCUGUAAGUUCACAGCCAGUCUAGUGAGUUCAAGGGCGGCCUAAACUGCAUAGUGAGAUCCUGUCUCCAAAAAAAAAAAAAAAAGUCAUAAAGGUCAUUCCCUGAGUAAGCCAAAUGCUUGCCCAGACAGGCAACCUCUGGUUAUUUCAAAAAUGUCCCAUUUCCUAAGGGAUUCAGUAGAUGGAGGUGUUCUCAGAAGGCAGUCCUGCUUUGUGCCUCCUGAGGUCCUUUUGCUAUGGAGACUGACCUUGGUCAGGAUGCUCUGUUCACGAAAAGGCUCACAAGUAAAGAAUUUCCCCUCAGCAGGAAAGCUUGCCAUUUUUUUAGUUGACAAUCUUAAAACUAUAGCAAGAGGCAUUAUGUACAAAUAUGUAUUUUUUAUUUUUAAUAACUGCAAAAACCCUAUGUAUUACAAAAAGCAAUCCUAUGAAAAAUUCUUAACAGGCAUUAAUAGUGUAUCUUAGUGUGGUUAGCAUGUAGUACCUCAGAUAUCAAUCAUUCAGAGGUUUGCCAUGUCCUACCUAGCUGCUUUUCUCAUUGUAAUUAUUACAGGUGGGACUUUGCCUCCAAACUCGAGGUGCUAUGUCGUAGUCUUUGCUGUUGGCGUAUUUGGUGUUUGGUCAAGUUUUGGGUAGAGUUGGGAGGAGGGAGUUUAUUCCUGUCCAGGAGUUCCAGAUUCCCUGGCUCUGAAUUUUCUGCUAAGGGAGAAGGCAGGUGUUCCCCACUGGGGUGCUUUACAGUCUGUCUAUAUUUUCAAAAAGUGCCCAGCUUUUCAGAGUGCUCAGCUUGGUGAUGGUUGGGUUUGCAUUUGACCACUGAGUUCUGAACUCCAUGAAGUGGAAAUGAUGAAGUUAACAAAUACCAAAUAAACUUAAAGCAAAGCUAAAGAAUAGACAUCCCCAACUCAUAUCUAGAAUAAUUCAACAAAACAAGGUUGUGGGAGAUUUAGGGACUGAUAAGGGUAUAUUUUAUUGUUAAUAUCAACUAGAGGCACUUUAUAUUGAGCUAAGCGGUUCAACCCUUUAAUGGGUUUGAACAACAUACUGACUUACACUGCUGAAAUAUUUUUGGUUUCAUUAUUUUGCACUGGAUCUAUUCUAUAUUUUUAAGUAACACAUUUCAACCACUGUUUUUUCUAUUCUUUGCUGCUUAUUAAAAAUCUCUUAUUUAGGUGCCACAACAAUAUGUAAACCGCUGUUUAAAAAGUUUAAGCAGGUUUUUUUUUAAAUGAAAAGCCAUAGAACUUGUCAUGUUUUGCAUUUUAAAAUUAUUGAAACAAGGUAUUAUGAAUAAAAACCCAUAGUCACUAAAUAGGCUGCUUUAGUUUUAUCACAGACAUUUUUGUACUGGAAUAUAACAAAAGCUUUGCACACCUGUAAGUUAAGCAAACAGUAUGUCAGAUAGGGCAUGGCGCAGAACUUACGUAACGGCUUGGGCGUGACUUGGGAAGUGUACUCAGUGUCUGUACUAUUACAGAGAGUGCAGUGCUCCUCCUGUUGUAGGAAUUACCCUUUGUGACUUCCAAAGUAGUUUGAGUCAUACAAAUGUUUUCUAACUUUUAUUAUAUUACUGCAAUAAAUCUUUUAACAGUG